AUGGCUCCUGAUCGUGUCGAAGAGUGGCUCGAGUUGCGGAACCCGCUUGCAAGCAGUAGUGGUUCUCGUCGCUUCGGCGGAAGCGAUGUAAUUGAUAUCGCUCCUGGUGCCACUGAACCUAUGGUUGCAGCUACUAGCAAUCGUGUUCCGGCUGAGAUGGAAGAUACUGCACUUGGCAGAGCAAAUGCAGGUAAAACUACCAUCCUUCAAAGGGUCUGCGGCUCUACAGAGCUACCAGAGGUUUUUGAUGAGGAAGGAAACAAGAUUCAUGGUGUUGUUGUGCAAGGCACUUCGACAUGUGGAUACCAUAGUAUUAAGCAUCAGUUCGUGUUUCAGAGUAACCCAGGCUUUGUUUUUCAUGAUUCCUGCGGUUUUGAAGCUGGGUCCACAAAGCAGUUUGAUGAGAUGAAGAACUUUGUGAUUGAGACAGUAACUGCUGCUGAGAAAAAAUUCUUUAAUGAAUGUGACACAGGAUAUGUCCCUGUGAUAAUGUUAUUGACAAAGGUGGACACACUGAAUCGUGAAGCCAUUCAAGAACGUGAAAAUGAAAGCUUGGAGAUUGAAGUAACUGAUGAUAGAGUUGAACAAAAGGAGAGAGAAUUACUGGAGGAGUGGCUUGCAUGUGUAAAAGAUGGGCUUGAUGAGUGCAAGUUUCCACCUAGAGCAUACAUGGCACUGCAAAAAAUGCAGGAAGAGAAUGCAGACUGCACUGCUUUGAUGCAAUGCACAGCAAAUGCUUUGAAUGAGAAGAGUCUGCAAAGGCUACUCAUAUCAACACAGCAGUCAAAUAUCAUGUUAAGUACUCAUGUCAUGAAGGACAUUGAGAAGAGCAAUGGAGUUAGGGUUUAG